AGGACUCCUCGAACGAAUGUGACACUCAGUCCUUGACGGAAAGUGUUACGGCAUUCCCAUUUGAGCAUGGCCGAAGGUACCACAAGUACCACGAGGGAUUAUACCCAUACCCAAAUGAUGAGCAGGAACUCGAUCGACUCGAUAUGCAGCAUCAUAUAUGGAAACAAGUCAACGAUGACAAACUACAUUUCGCACCCCUGCGAGAUCCUAAACGGAUCCUUGAUAUCGGCACAGGUUCCGGGAUCUGGCCGAUAGAAAUGGCGAGCCUCUUCCCCGAAGCAAGUAUAACCGGCACCGAUCUAUCCCCAGUCCAACCCACCGAAGUCCCACCCAACGUCCAUUUCCUAGUCGAAGACGCCACAGAAGAAUGGCUCUGGGAACCGAACCACUUCGACUACAUUCGCUUAAGCAACAUGACCGGUUCCUUUCCCUCAGUCAAAGAUAUACUCAGAAAGGCCAUGCGCGUUCUCAAACCCGGUGGAUGGCUGGAAUGGCACGACAUGGAUCCCGUGCCCAGAUGUGACGAUAACACAGUCCCGCCGCCAAACACAGAGGGCGGAUUCAGUCAAUACGCUCUACAUGACUGGAUAGAAUUGGAAGUAAAAGCCGCCGAAGAAUUUGAACCCUAUCGCCAGUUUUUGAUUGCAGAUAAAUUGGCGGCACAGAUGAGAGAGGAAGGAUAUACGGAUGUCAACGAUCGAGUCACGAAAGUGCCCCUGAACCCUUGGCCGAAAGACCCUAAAUUGAAGACGUUGGGCGCUUGGCAGGAGGAGAAUUGGUUGACGGGUCUAUCGGCAUAUACGUACAAACCGUUCCUGGCGUUGGGUUGGACGAAACCUGAGAUUGAAGUGUUUUUGGUCUCGGUUCGAAAGUGUAUCAGCAAUCGACACUUUCAUGCAUAUCAAAAUUUCCAUGCUAUCACAGCGAGGAAACCGCUGCCUGGAGAGAGUUGA